CAAAGACCCUCCAUCCGAUAAUUAUGUGUGCAAAUACUUUUUGAAAGGAAAUUGCAAAUUCGGAAAUAAAUGUGCCCUUUCUCAUACGCUACCAAAUGAACGCAAAUCAAGUACCAACGGAAGAAAUGGUAAUGGCAUCAGCAAGAACGGGUCGAGGUCUAAUAAUAUUCAAGAAAUCAGAUCUCCUAUCAUGCCUCCUCAAGGGUAUGGUCAGGAUAUUAAUGACUACCAGCCUUUGAACUCUCCUGGCAUCCCUUUCACCCGUAUUCCAAUCAGCCCCUCGGAAUUUUCGAACAACAACAGGCCCUACAGUCAAUUGACCGCCUCCUUGAACGAACAUCACCCGUUUUCCGAUGAAAAUUCGACUGCGCCUAGAAUGCGCAAUAUUCCCACAAAUUUCGGCGAUCAUUUAUCCGCUCCCGUAAAUAUUAAUGGCCAACAACGCAGGUCGUUACCAGAUAUAUUUGCUUUUGAAAAUUUCAGUGGAGCCUCUUUUCAAGCUGGAGGCGCAAAAUCUCUUUUCUUACCCGUGUCUGAUAAUGGUAUGCUUUCCCCGACCACCAACUCCCAUCAACUUCAAAGCAUCCCGGAAAUUCACGAUUACUCACAACAUGAAGAAACUAUUGUCGAUGAGUUAAACACUUAUGACUACGAAGAAUUUCUUCCUUCCUCUUUAAAUGAGUUGCUGAUACCUAUCGAACGUGAAAGGCGUCGUAGUAGGCAAGAGGAGGAACGUGAACGGCGUCGUAGUAGACAAGAUGAAAAUGCUGAAUUAAGUCCUAGGCGUUUAUUCAGUAAUUCUUCUACCUUGCAUCCAAUGCAUAUAGACGGUUCUCAUCUUCAUUACUAUAAUUCACAUGUCGAUCCUACACACGUCCACCUUGGCGGAAGAUCUUUGCCCACCGGUAUCAGCGUGGGACUGUCUUCUAACUUUCUGAACCAAAAUGAUGGACAACAUUUGAACACCAGAUUUGGUCCGCAUCCGUUCUUCCCGAGUAGAAAUAUUACUGUCAACACAAAUUUUGAUGACCCAAUCUCUCCUAUGAGCCCUCUGCACCCUCUUAAUAAUAAUCAAAAUCACAUUCCUUAUCCUUCGGCCACAUAUUCGAACCAUUUCCCUGGCACAACGCCUGCCAUAAACAUACCCUUACCUCAAGAAUCUUAUCCUGGAAAUAAUUCCUUUUAUGAUGUCGGCCCCAUAGGUAGACCGGGUGAAACGAUCAACGGCAAUGAUCAUGCGACUCCAACAGAUCCUUUCAGUCCUUUUCCGGAUGAUGAUUUUGUUUUUAAAAUGGACGAUCAAACUCCCGUACCAGAAGCAUCUACAAAAGCGCCGGAGACGUCCCCUACAAAAGCGUCAGAAACACAAAAGACUCCUCUCUCUUACUCUGCAAUCACCAAGGCAGGUCUGAAGGACUCAGGGGCCACCCCCGGACUCAGUAUAGACUCGAGGCGUUAUGAGCCGCUGUGCCCAUUCGGGAUGGCUGGAAAGUGUCGUUAUGGUGAACGUUGCCAAAAUCUUCAUGGCUUGAUGUGUCCAUCAUGUCUCAGGCUUGUGUUGCACCCGUACCAGACAUCUGAGGAACAUAAAGAACACAUCGAGGAAUGUUGUAACAGGCAAAUUCAAGUUAUUCACUGUAUCAAGCCGGAGGACAUUGAAUGUGGAAUUUGCUUUGAAAAGGUGCUAAGCAAAGAAGACGCUCGCUUUGGGCUUUUGACUAUAAAUGCUUUGAUAUUUAGACUAAUACCUAGCCAUUUUAUCACACCAUCCACCACCUGGAUUACGGACCGUGCCGAAAAACAGAAGGUCAUCGAGGAGUACAAACUAAAAUGCAGUACCAUUGCGUGCAAACACUUUAAUUAUGGCGAUGGCCAAUGUCAAUUCGGUUCCUCCUGUUUCUAUGCACACGUCUAUCGUGAUGGAACGAAGGAAGGACGCAACAUUCGCACAAUUCAAAACGGGGAAGAAGUCAAAAUUCUAGCGAGUGUUCGCCUAUGGGAUUUUAUGGAGGAUUUUGCUAACAAACGUGAAGCUGCGAUUGCUGCUGCCAGCGGUCAAUAUGAUGUAUCCAGUAGCAGUAGUAGUGAAACUGAAAAUUAUGUCAACCCUUCUGUUACUGCCAUAACCUAUUCCAACCUUUCUGCCGAUUCACCCGUAUUUAUUCCAUCUAUUGUUGAUAGUUUACCAGAAAGUUCCUAA